AUGGAGAUGGAUGUCGACCCAGAUCCGGAGAUGCAGACCAGAACACCGGGCUACCCAAUCAGCAUAUCAAGCGGAUCCCCAUUUCAGGGAUCACCGUACCGUGGGCCCGAUUCAUUUCAGGAGAAGAUGGCCACCUAUGAUUGGUACUUUACUCCUUCGCACCAUAGCUCUCUCACUCAACCUCCCUUGGAUGAGCCCCAGCUUCAAGCUGUUUCACCUCCACCACUUCCUGUUGAGGAGCCACCUCAGCAGCCACCUCAGCCACCUCCCGAGCCUCCAAGGCAAUGGAGGAACGCACACAUGUCAGUGCGAGGAGGACCUCGUUUUAGUUCUCCUCGGGGUUCAAGUUCUUACCCUCCUAUUCCUGAGGACCCCCAAAUGGGUGGGCCCUCGAACGCGGCACCGGAUAUUGAUCCUCCGCCAGCUUCUUAUGCACCACCUCAGCCGCCUAUAGGUUUCGACAACCCUAUCCUGACUUACCCAGGUUCUUCUGGGUAUAAUCCUUUUGAAAACACAUCGGGAUAUCCAUCAGACUAUGGAAACCAGGUUCCCUACCUUACCGCUGCUCAAUACCAUCAUCUUUACCCUUCUUCAUACCCUCCAGUUUAUCCAACAGGAUACUCGGUACAAGAUUAUCAAUACCCACCGUACCAGCAACCUCCCCCUCCCCAGCAGCAGCAGCAAACUCAGGACAUCCUGGAGAGGUUAGAUAGGUUUGAGCAGAAAGCUAGAAAAACCAGGAAGGAGCAUGGUAGCUUUAUGAAGGGCCUUUCAAACCUUCUUAAGGGCAAGAAUAAGUAG